CAAGUGCAGCGGCAAGUUGUUGAGACCAUCCCAUUCGAACAAAGCGGAUUGCAGCAUAUCCGGCGGAUCGGUGCGGAUGAAGACCAGGCUUGCCGAUUCCAGACCUUGCUGGUGGUGCAUCCGGCUGACCCGAGUGGGCCGGGAGAUGCGUUAUUUAUGCCCGCCUCAACGCCCACCAAGUUAGCAGCCGUCGACCCGUAUGCUCUGGUGUUUGAGUGCAAGCUGCUCAAGGACGGGGUCCGGGCACAGAUCAACUAUGAUUCCAGAGUGAUGGAAAAGGAACAAGUUACCCGACUCCUGCAGCAGUUUGACCGUGUGUUGCGCCAGGUCUGCGCAGGACACAAGGCUAUCAAGAUCAAGGAGUUGGAUAUCCUGAGCCCACAUGAUCUGCUCGAUAUCUGGACAUGGAAUGCCCAAGUACCGAGAGCCUCUGGUUUUUGUGUACACGAGCUUAUCGGCUGCACGGUCAAUCGUCAGCCUCAAGCUACCGCUAUUGAUGCCUGUGAUGGAGAGUUAACCUACGGGCAGUUAGACGUGCUAUCCACCCGCUUGGCGCACCGCCUGGUUCUGUUGGGCGUUGGCUCAGAAGUCCUCGUUCCCCUACUGUUUGAGAAGUCCAAGUGGACUUCGGUAGCUGUACUGGCAGUGAUGAAGGCGGGAGGAGCAUUUGUUCUUCUCGAUCCAAGCCAUCCUUUGACUCGACUUCAGUAUAUAUGCGCUGAUGUGAGCGCCCAGAUCAUUGUAUCGUCACCAGGACAGGCAGCCAAGGCAGCAGAUCUGGCCAAGACAGUCAUAGUGGUUGGCAGCCAUGAGGACUGUGGCCAUGUUGAUGGAAAACUGACUGUCUCGACGACGCCGCAAAACACACUGUAUGCCGUCUUCACCUCAGGCUCGACUGGAAAGCCGAAAGGAGCCAUGGUGCAGCACAAUGCAUUUGCGACGAAUGCACUAGCGUAUAACGAAAAGGUGGGCCUAGACUCGGGCGUGCGGAUCCUGCAGUUCUCUUCGCAUUCGUUUGAUGUAUGCAUCUCCGACUUGCUCUUCACUUUAAUUGGCGGUGGGUGCAUCUGCAUCCCGUCGGACAGUGAGAGUAGAAACAAUCUGGCUGGGGCUGCGACAGAAUACAACGCCAAUUGGGCUGAUCUGACCCCCUCGGUGCUCCGAACAUUGUCGCCUGCAGACGUACCAACAUUAAAGACGGUGGCAUAUGGUGGGGAGGCUCCAUCUAAGACGGACAUCCUUGCGUGGUGUAAUACGGUCCGCUUGAUCAAUGUAUACGGCCCUGCCGAGUGUAGUGUGCUUGCAACAGUGCAGCCGCGCGUUACGGCAGACUCCGAUCCCUUUAACAUUGGGUCUCCGAUCGGUGGAGUAUGUUGGGUUGUCGAUCCCACGGACUCAAGUCGGCUGGCUCCUGUUGGUGCCGUGGGGGAACUAGUGCUCGAAGGUCCGCUGCUAGGGCAAGGAUAUAUCAACGACACCGGAAAUACCGGACAGGCAUUCUUAUCCGAUCCAGCCUGGCUGGUUGACGGCCAUGCUGGUCACCCAGGGCGCCAGGGCCGAGUGUAUAAGACUGGGGAUCUGGUCCGUUAUACGGGUGACGGCACCCUACAAUUUCUCGGACGGAAGGAUACACAGGUCAAAUUGCGCGGUCAGCGGGUGGAGCUAGGAGAAGUUGAGCAUCACUUCGAGCAACUUCUGGCAGACGUCUGUCACAAGAAUGGAGGAUUCGACGAAGCCAAGCUCGAGGUCGUGGCGGAAAUCAUCCGGCCACAACAAACGGGCCGCCCAACACUGGUGGCAUUUGUUGCGCUUCGUAACACGGUCUUGUCCAUUCCGGAAACAGUUGCCGCUCUAAAUCGAAUGACAGUCGAUCUGGAUUUGAAGUUGGCAGAGCGGCUGCCAGCCUACAUGGUGCCCAGCGCUUUUAUUCCUGUGGAGCGUAUACCAUUGGGGUCGACAGGCAAGACUGAUCGCCGCCAACUGCGAGAAAUUGGAUUGGUCAAGCUCGGUAAUGGCAUUGCAGAUGACCCGGAGCGUAAACGCAAAGCGCCUUCUACCCGUGAAGAGGAGGUUCUAGUGGAAAAGCAAUCUCGGUGGACUCUGCCUUCAUUCGACUGGGGGGGGGAUUCAAUCACGGCGAUGCAGGUUGUUUCCCGGUGCCGCACCAGAAACAUCCUCGUUACUGCUGGCGACGUGCUUCGAGCGCAGACCAUUGAGAAAUUGGCCAGCUGCUGCAGUUCUAUUCAACGGGAGGUGAAAGUCCUUGAUACGCACACUACAGAAGAACAAGCGUGGGGAUUGUCUCCGGCGCAAUGCGUCUUCUUCGACGCCCAUCCAGAGGGCCUGAAUCACUUCAACCAGAGCUUUUUCCUUCGCAUCAAACGUCCGUUUUCGGGACACGCCAUCAAAGCCGCCGUGGAAACGGUUGUACAACGCCAUCCCAUGCUACGCGCGCGAUUUGAGCGGACGGAGGGGGAUGGCUGGCAGCAGCGUGUGGCUAGAUAUAGCCCCAACAUCAUUGCGUUUUACGAGCAUCGCGUUGGCAAGUCGGGAAUCGAGGCCAUUGCGCAAUCUCGACAGGAACAGCUCGACAUACGACAAGGGCCAGUGUUUGCAGCGGAUGUAUUUCACCUCCCCUCUGAGGAGCAGAUUCUUCUUGUCAGUGCUCAUCAUCUGGUCGUCGAUCUUGUGUCAUGGCGAGUCAUCUGGCACGACCUCGAACAAUGCCUGCUGGGUCGUGAGCAGAGUAUUAAUCGUCCAGCAGCCUCAUUCCAGGCUUGGUCCAGGAUGCUACAUGAGACUGCCCGGUCGUUGGUGCCAUCACAGGUGCUACCAUUCAAAAUCGACACCAGUGGCUACUCAUACUGGGCAGUAGAACAUACAGAGAAUACCCAUGACAAAUUUGAUACACACGUUCUCAGUCUUGAUCAAGAGACUACAGCGCUACUCCUUGGCCAGAGCAAUCAGCGGCUGGCGACCGAACUGACGGACAUUCUUUUGGCCAUGCUGGUUUACUCGUUCCGCCGGGUCUUUGCUGACCGGCAUGCACCCCCAGUCUUUCUCGAGGCACAUGGUCGAGAGUCUCUUGAUGGCGUGGAAAUCGACCUAUCGGAGACAGUCGGCUGGUUCACCACCAUCUUCCCUGUUCAGAUCCCUUGUGGAUCAGGCCAUAGUAUUGUGGAUAUCGUCAAGUUUGCGAAAGACGUUCGUCGUUCCGUUCCGGGCAAAGGGCUGCCAUACUGUCUCAGUCGCUAUCUCACAACAGCUGGACGACAGGCCUUCAAGGAGCAUGACAAUGUUGAAGUACUGCUGAACUACGACGGUAUAUACCAACAGCUAGAGAAUGAUAACUCUCUGCUGGCUCGUGUGAAUAGCCCUACCAUUGUAUCGAAUUUCAGCCAAUCAUCACCCACUACUCGGCGAGUCGGUCUGGUAGAACUCAACAUCGGCGUCAGGCUUGGCCGGCUGAAUAUUGCUUGUGGCCUCCACCGAGACAUGAGGCAUCAAGAGCAGCUAGUUCAAUGGAUGAAUCUGUUUGGGGAAAGUCUCAGGCAAGCCUCUCACGAGCUAGCUACCGGGUCGCCAAGCUUCACGUUGAGCGAUUUUCCCCUAUUGUCAAUAUCCUACGACGGGCUAGACCAGCUUCAAAAGACGAUCGCCGACGCAGGGAUUGCACACCAUGCGGUGGAUGGCAUUUAUCCGUGCACGCCGAUGCAGGCGGGUAUCUUGCUUAGCAUGGAGAAAGGAACAGCGUCGUACAUGAAUCAUCAGGUUUGGAGAUGUGUGGUGCCUCGUAGCAAAGGCCCCGUCUGUCCACAGCGGCUAGAGGCAGCCUGGAAACGUGUCGUUCUGCACCACUCGAUCCUUCGCACGGUCUUUGUGCCCCUUCUCGAUGAAGAUGGCAUGUUCGCGCAAGUGCUCAUUAACAAUGCCUCGAUCCAGGUCCAUAAAAUCAAGUCUGAUUCAGAAGACCCGGUCAAACCUUUGAAAGAACUUGGACAUCCAGUCUUUGCUCCUGGACGACCCAACACCCGUUUCACAAUAUGUCAGGCCUCGAAUGGUGAUGUCGCGUGUCGGCUGGACAUGAAUCACGCCUUGAACGACGGCGAUUCCACAUCUAACGUCACCAGUGACCUGGCAAGAGCGUACGAAGGCGCCAGUCUAUCGCCAGCUCCGCCGUUCAAGGAACUGAUUCAGCAUCUAAUGUGCACCCCACCCGGUCUGAGGGAGCAAUACUGGAUAAACCAGUUGGCCGGUGUCCAGAUCUGUCAGUUUCCUGUUCGCAACGUCAGGACGCCGUCUUCCAGGGACGAGCACGGGAUCCUUUCGCUCGAUAAAAAGCUAAUCAGCGAAAUCCACGCAUUCUGCCUCCGUCGGGGAAUUACUAGGUCGGUCUUCAUCCAGGUGGCCUGGGCUCUAGGUCUGUAUUGGUACACAGGGAUGACCGAUGUUUGCUUUGGAUACAUGGCAUCAGGGCGAGACGCACCGAUUGACAACAUUGACGGAAUGGUUGGACCGUUGGCAAACAUUUUGAUCAGCCGAAUUAACGUGGAGGACUCCCUUGAUGAGGUGCUGACAAAAACAGCUGCCGCCUCGGUCGAGCACUUAGCAUACCAACAUGUAUCUCUAGCUAAGAUUCAACACCAUCUGCGCCUGGGUCACCUUCCCCUCUUCAACACUUGCGUAACGGUGCGCGAGGCAGUGGACAGCAGCAAGACAGAACAUCUUUUGACUCUUCAAGGUGCCGCCAGCAAUGAUCCGCACGAGUUUGCCGUGGCAUUUGGAGCGUUGUUAAGCGGGUCUACCACAGAGCUCAGUCUCAGUUAUCACAAAGACUUGAUUGGGCAUUCCACGGCGCAGGAACUUGCCUGGGCUCUUGAUAUGGCCAUUGCCCAUGUUCUACAGGGCGAUAAUUCAAGCAAGGUACCAAUGUGGUCUGGCUUCUUCCAGCACAUCGUCGGGGAAAAUGGAGCGUCCGCGGCUGCCUUCUGGAGACGUUACUUUGUGGGCUUGGACACAAGGCAUUUCCCGUCUCUACCGAGCCCCUCGUACACUCCGCAGGCCAGUAACAGCCUUAGCUAUCUGCUUGCCGGUUUCCACUGGACUAGCGACCGAGUCAGUGCCCCGACGGCAGUGCGCGCUGCGUGGGCGAUGCUCCACGCCAGCUAUACUAAUACUAGCGACGUCAUCUUUGGCAUUUGUACCAGAAGACGAGGAGCGGAACUGGCCAAAACGCCAAGGGGAAUAAUGCCUUUACGAGUUGUUAUAGACUGGCACUCGACGGCAGCUCAGCUACUGGAAGGUCUCGAGGACCAAGUCCUUGAGAUGGAAAGAUUCAAGCGGAUGGGCAUGCAUCAAAUCCAACGGUCGAGCGACGAAGCCGAGCAGGGCUGUCAGUUCCAGACGCUUGUAGAGGCGCAAGACUGUGAUGCUGUAUCGGACGUUACCGACCAGUUUGGUUUAGUCCUCCAGUGGUCCUGCAAAGAUGAAGGAUUGCACCUUCAUGUCAGAUUUGACCCAAGUAUGGUUGAAAAGCCAUAUAUCGAGCGAAUGUUGCGACAGCUUGAGCAUCUGCUACGCGAGCUUCACACCAAGCAUACCCAGAAGAGCAAGAUCAAGGACAUCCAAAUGGCUUCUACAAAAGACUUGCAGGAUAUCUGGACCUGGAACGGCUCCGUCCCAGUCCCGGUCGAGGCAACUAUGCAUAAUCAAAUCACUGCAAUUGCGCAGCGUCAACCCGAUGCGCCGGCCGUCUGCGCGUGGGACGGUGAAUUGACAUACAGGGAGCUCGAAACACUGUCAACCAGGCUGGCAUCGCAUCUGGUCCACACCCUCGAUCUAGGUACAAUCGUGCCCCUAUGCUUCGAGAAAUCUGUAUGGACACCUAUUGCCAUGCUGGGCGUGAUGAAGGCCGGGGGCUGUUCUCUGGCCCUGGAUAUGACACAGCCCGCAGCCAGAUUGGCAGCUCUGAUGGAUCAGGUUCAACCUCGCAUUAUCCUAUCUUCCGCGGCCAACGAAGACCUGGCACGACAAGUCGCAAAGGUGCCAGUAGUUGUUGUCGACCGGUUUUGUCUGGACGGAAUGACGACCGUUAGACCCCUGCCAGUCGUCAAACCGUCCGACCUUCUGUAUAUCAUCUUCACGUCGGGUAGCACUGGCAAACCCAAAGGCACGCUGAUCUCACACGGUAAUUUUGCCAGCGCCGCCCAUCACCAGCGGAAUUCAUGGCGGUUUGGGCCUGGGGCUAGGGUUUUCGAUGCUGGCUCCUACGCCUUCGACGUAGCCUGGGGUAAUGUGCUACACACACUUUCGUCCGGUGGAUGUAUCUGUAUACCCGAAGCCACAGCAGCAAAGGAGGAUAUCCUCGGUAGCUUGAGGGAAUAUCGAGCAACUCACGCUGAGAUGACACCUAGUCUGGCGCGCACUCUGGUGCCCGACGACCUGCCUGAUCUAGAAUGCUUCAUCUCUUCGGGCGAAGCGCUCGAUGAGACCGUGCUGCAACGUUGGUCCAAUGUGACGCGGAUAUUGAACGCCUAUGGUCCGGCUGAAUGCUCCGCAGUUUCUACAAUUGCCCAGCUAGACUCUGCUGUGUCCAAGGGAAACAUCGGCCGAGGGCUAGGUCUCAACACGUGGGUUGUGAGUCCUCAGAAUGGCCGAGACCUGGCUCCCAUCUAUGGAAUCGGAGAGCUGUGGCUGGAAGGUCCACUGGUUGGACAGGGCUAUCUCGAUGAGCCCGACAAGACGUCUGAGGUGUUCAUUGACAAUCCGGACUGGUUAUUGCAGGCUGGCAGGCGGGGUAGGUUAUACAAAACAGGAGAUCUUGUGCGGUACGACACGGAUGGCAGUUUGAUAUUUGUGGGUCGUAAGGAUACCCAAGUCAAGAUUCGAGGGCAGCGUGUUGAGUUGACCGAGGUCGAGGGUCACGUUCGACAGGUGCUAAACGAUGGUCGGAUUGGUGUCUCCAUGGGCGAUAAGCUUCACGUCGUCGCAGAGGCCAUCACACCAUGCGACGGGAGCCGUCCAGUGCUUGUUGCUUUUGUCAGUCUCGAUUCGCGGCACAGCUCAGACUACAAGGCCCAAAGAGUUAGACAAAUUACCAAUGGCUUGGACGAAGCCCUGGCCAAGUUCGUGCCAGCAUAUAUGAUUCCAACUGCCUACAUCCCGAUCGAAGAGUUGCCUCUGACCGCGAGUGGCAAAACAUAUCGCCUCAAGCUGCGACGGAAUGCAUCGUCAUUGACUCGAGAGGAUCUGGCUCUCCUGGCCUCUGGUGAGCGAGAAAAGCGCGCCGCACGCACCUCAGAAGAGAGAAUCCUCCAGCGACUAUGCUCCAGAGUCCUCGGUGUCAGUCUGGACAGCCUUGGUCUCGAUGACUCCUUCUUCCGUCUGGGAGGGGACUCCAUCGCUGCAAUUAAACUGGUUGCCAUGGCUCGUCAGGAAGGCUGGGAAGUCACCAUCGCCAAUAUAUUCUCUCAUCCCAAGCUGACUGAUCUUGCCUGCACAAUGAGUCCACUGCAAUCAAACGCACAGAGAGCACCUCCGCCUUUCUCGCUGCUGUCGCACCCUUCACGGGAACAUGUCCGGAAAGCCAUUGAAGAGUCUGAAAUGGAUUAUUCUAUGCUUGAAGACGCCUAUCCAUGCACAGCACUUCAGGAAGGCCUCAUUGCCAUGACCGUCAAGGACCUAGACGCUUAUGUGUGUCGGAUGACGUUUGAGCUCCCACGAGAUGUGAAUCUGGACCACUUCCGCGCUGCGUGGGAUGCAACAGUGGCCGAAAAUCCCAUUCUUCGAACAAGAGUAAUUCAGACGACAUCCGGCCUCAUCCAAGCAGUUGUGCAAGGCACCAUCCAGUGGCACACCGCAGCGAAACUGGACGAGUACCUCGCUGACGAUGCCCGAAAGCACAUGGGCAUUGGACGGCCGUUGCUGCGACUGGGGCUGAUAGUCGAGGCCGGAAAAUCUCCAUGUUUUGUUCUAGCGAUCCACCACGCUCUGUACGAUGGCUUUUCGCUAUCGUUGAUCUUGCAACAGGUGGACGCAGCCUACCUGGGCCACGGCCUCCAACGGCAACCAUUUAGUCGAUUCGUGGAAUCCCUCUUGAAGGUCGAUAAGAAGGCAGAAAAAGGCUUCUGGGUCUCCCGAUUUGCCGAUCUCAGAGCACCAGCCUUCCCCCCGCUCCCUGCAGCUCGCUAUACAUCUAGAUCGAGAAUGGCCUUUGAACACACCAUCGCAGAUUACUGCCAGAUGAGCCGCGAUUAUACACUCUCAACACUGCUUCGUCUGGCCUUGGCGGUGCUAAUUGCGCAUCAUACGGAUUCCAAUGAUGUAGUGUACGGGGAAACGCUGACUGGACGAAACGCUGCUUUCGCAGACAUCGACCGGUUGACUGGACCAACAAUCACUACGAUCCCUGUCCGCGUUCAGAUCGAGCCAGACCAGACCAUUGCAAACGAACUCCAUAAGCUCCAGAGUGAUAUGACAGCUGCGAUUCCAUAUGAGCAAACCGGAAUACAAAACAUUCGCCAGAUGAGCAGCGAGGCGGCGGCAGCAUGUAAUUUCCAAAGCCACCUGGGCAUUCAGCCUUUCGCAGAGGAACUCGGUGCCACUAGUAUUUUUGCACGGCAGCAAACGCUGAGUACGUCCGAUCAUUUUGCCAGCUAUGCCUUUGUCCUGGUCUGCUCGUUGUCGUCCGCCAGCCGAAAUAUCUUCGUCGAAUGCAACUUCGACAAGGACAUCAUCAGCCAGGUCGAGGCGGAACGAUACGUGAAACAGUUUGAGAAUAUUUUCCGCCAGCUCUGCGAAGAUCAGCAGAAAAGAAUCCGUGACUUGCAAGUUAUCAGUCCUACUGAUCUCUCCCAGCUAGCCGAUUGGAAUUCAAUCCUGCCGUCGUCUCUCAACAGCACUCUACACGACCUGAUCAUGGCCCACUGUCUAUCCCAGCCAGACUCGAUGGCCAUCUCCUCCUGGGAUGGUGCUGUCAGCUAUGUUGAGCUGGAGUUCUUAUCACGCACGCUUGCACAGUAUCUGAUCCGGAACGGGGCGAGGUCAGAGAUGAUUGUUCCCCUCUGCUUCCAGCGAUCCAAGUGGUCGAUCAUCUCCAUGGUCGCUGUGUUGCGAGCGGGUGCAGCGUGUCUUCUUAUUGAUCCUACGCAUCCCCCGGACCGCAUCCGUGACUUGAUACAGCAGAGCCAGGCUGUGGUAGCGCUAGUUGAUCCGUCCAACGCGGUGUUGAUGAAGAGCAUGGUCGGUACCGUCGUGGUAGUCUCUGCAGACUCGUUCAACGGUCUCCCGGCCGAGGAAGAUCCCACAUUACCAGUAGUACGUCCGAGCAACCCUGCAUUCAUUGUCUUCACAUCAGGAAGCACAGGCAAGCCCAAGGGAAUCAUCCUGGAACACGCCAACCUGAGCACGAGUAUUCGAGAUCACGGACCUGGCAUCGGAGUCAACCGACAAUCGCGGUCUCUUCACUUUGCCUCCUAUGCAUUCGAUGCAAGCAUCUACGAAGUCUGUACUACGCUGGUUUCUGGGGGAUGUGUAUGCGUCAUGUCCGAGCACGACCGGAUGAACGAUCUGGGUGCUUUCAUUCGCAAGCAAAAUGUGACAUGGGCUACUUUGACCAACUCGGCAACAAAUCUUUUGCAUCCUGACGAAGUUCCAUGUUUGCAGACGCUUGUUCUUGGCGGAGAGGCCGUGACUCAAGAUGUCGUAAAGAAGUGGGCUUCGAAAGUAACGUUGAUCAACGGAUACGGACCUGCUGAGGCCACCAUCUGUGCUCUAGGGAAUAUCCCCGACCAAGGAUGGAAACCAGGCACUUUUGGCCGUAUUGUGGGCGGAGUUGGUUGGGUUGUCACCCCGUCAGAUCCAACAAAGCUCGCAGCAAUCGGGGCCGUGGGGGAGCUGUUGAUUGAGGGGCCAGUCCUGGCUCGGGGAUACCUGAACAACCCCCAAAAAACAAACUCUUCGUUUCUUGAAGACCUGCCUUGGUUGGAGCGCUUCCGUCCUGGAGGCAAAGGUCGCGUGUACAAGUCGGGUGAUUUGGUACAAUACAACCCAGAUGGCACACUCCGGUUCGUCGGCCGCAAGGAUACUCAGGUCAAGCUGCGAGGACAGCGCAUUGAACUGGGUGAGGUGGAGUUUAAGAUCCGGCAGUGCCUGCCCCAGGUACACAAUGUGGCUGCAGAAGUCAUUAUACCCUCCGGGACGAACGCCAACUCAGUGCUCGUUGCAUUUGUUCAUCUGCCAGCCACCGACGCCGAGGACGACGACAACCUCUUUGUAGUUCCAAAUGAGGAGCUCCGAGCUGUCUUCUUUUCAGCCCAGGCGCAACUCCGGGGAAUCGUGCCGGGGUAUAUGGUGCCCAGCAUCUUCAUUCCACUCGGCCAUAUCCCAACCACCAGCUCGGGCAAAAUAGACCGGCGACAGCUUCGGGAUCGAGCAUCAUCGCUGCCUCGAGCUGAAUUCGAUGACUUGAUGGCUGCCCCAGUUGCAAAAGAGCGACCAUCGACCGGCCUGGAAGAGAGGCUGCAACAGAUCCUCGUCUCCGUCUCGAACCUCAGUCCUGCUGAGGUCGGCGUCAAGGAUAAUAUCUUCCAUCUAGGGGCCGACUCCAUCACGGCCAUGAAAAUGGUGACCGCCGCCCGCAAACAGGACAUUUCCAUCUCCGUCGCCGAUGUCUUCAGGUAUCCCACGAUAUCCGAUCUGGCGGGAUUCUACAGCAAGAGGGCCAUUGGGGAUCCCCACACAGCACCCAAUGUGCUGGCACCAGCCUCUCUCUUCGGCUUCAGCAGCUUCGAAAACUUCACCGCAGCCAUCGACUUCUCUGGCCUUGCAUUCAACGCCCACGAUAUUCAUGAUGCCCUGCCUGCAUCUCAAGGCCAGGUGGACCGAUUGCUCCGACCCAAUUACUAUUUCAUGCUGGACUUCGACCGCCAUAUCGACCAUGAUCGGCUCGAAGCGGCGUGCCGUGCGCUUGUCCAACGGCACACGAUCCUUCGUACCGUGUUCAUUCCAUACCAGGACAGAAUUAUCCAGAUUGUGCUACGCAACUUCACUUCUCCCAUACCUAGGCUGCGGGCAGAUGGUGACCUGGUUCGAUUUACAGAAUCCUUCUGCCGCCGAGACAAUCGUGAAGUCCCUAUGCUGCGCGAGUUUAUUACCUCAUUCUGCAUCGCUCAAGGGAAAGGCCAAGGCACUGUGCUCAUCGUUCGUAUCUCGCAUGCCCAAUAUGACGGGAUUUCAACAUCUUCCCUGUGGAGGGACCUACUUAGUUUAUAUGAGGACUGUCAGCUGCCUGAUUCGAUCGAGUACUCGGCCCAUAUGCGCAAAUGGCUAGCAGCCGGGACACCAAGGGCAUAUGAAUUCUGGGACAGAACUUUGGAGGGAUCGAACAUGACCUAUAUCAGUCAUAUUGGGCUGGCGGACAAUAGGGCCUGCAGCGAAUCUGUGGUCGAUGUCGGGUGUACAAUCCCUCUCCUUGAUCCACCUCAUGGCAUAACAACCGCGACCCUCGUCAAAGCGGCCUGGUCCUUGGUCCUCACUCACUUGACCGGCGAUGCAGACAUUGUCUUUGGCCAAACGACUAGCGGCCGAUCAUCAAGUGAAUUCGACACCGGAAACAUGGUAGGGAUGUGCAUUAACGCCAUCCCUGUACGAGUCAAGUACAGCGCGGAAUGGACCCUGCUGGAUCUGCUUCGCCAUGUCCAAAGCCAGCACAGCGACUCUGUACCAUUUGAGCUGUUGGAGCUCGGAGACAUUGUUCGGCACAGCACUCGUUGGUCUUGGGAUACUCGAUUCGGUAGCAUCAUUACGCACCAGAACAUCGACAUUGACAAGCCGCUCGCCGUGGGCAGUACCACUUGUACAAUGAGGAUGUUUCACCUCCCCAAACCACCGUCUUACGUCGCAGUUUCAACCUACCCCUUUGACCAGCGACUGCAGAUCGUCCUGACAACGUCGAAUCGGAUUCUGAGUGAACCCAACGCUCAAAUGGUGGUGCAACGCCUGGGGGAUAUGAUAACGGCCUUGGCAUGCGGUCCUGACAGGCCCAUUGCUACAGUAAUUGAGAUGGGCAAAGUGGAUUUAUAA